UUUUUUUUUUUUGGAGAGGAACCUGACCAGAAUCGGACACGAACCCUACACGAGUUGCUCAAGUACCGGCUGAACGCGCCGCCGCCGUCGCCGUAUCUCCUUAAUCCGGCCUCUAGCUAGCCUGCGUGAAAGGUCGCGGAAGCCAGACAUGGACCAGACCGAAGCCCUACCCGACGACACGCUCGCCAGCAUCCUCGGCCGCCUCCCGCCGUGCGACCUCGCCGCGUCCCGCUGCGUCCGCAAGACGUGGCGCGCCGUCGUGGACGCCCACCGCCUGCUGCUCCCGCAUUCGCUGCAUGGCAUCUUCAUCAACUACAUCGACUGCGAGAGCCCGCGCUGCUUCUCGCGCCCCUCCACACAGAAGCCCGCGAUCGACUGCAACCUCGACUUCCUGCCUGGUUACGCCGAGGAUUUCGAUUCAAUCGUAGACCACUGCAAUGGCCUCUUGCUUUAUGAGAGCGACAUGAACUUGUGCUCCUACGUGGUCAACCCCGCCACGCGACAAUGGGGACGUCUCCACUACAAGACCGACCACCGCCACCACCUCGCAUACCUUGCGUUCGACCCCGCCGUCUCACCCCACUAUGAGGUGCUUUUGAUCCCGUGUGUGCCUGACAAAGUGGACCCUGCACAAGAUUCCAUGGAAUGGCCACCAUCCUCGUGGGUGUUUGAUGUGUUCUCAUCUAGUACAAGGAAAUGGCUCAAGAGGUCCUUUAUCCGCCAAGGCGAGGCUGCGGGCACGGUGACCGAUGUUCGGGUAGAUCCACUAGAGCCAAAAUCUAUGUGCGGGGGAGGUCCAAGGCGGCGAUAUAGUGCGUACUGGCGAGGAUCACUCUAUGUGCAUUGUCGCGGUGCGUUUGUCGUCAGAUUAUCUUUGUCGGACAGCAAGUACCAAGUAAUUAAGAUGCCAAUAGAUAUUGCAGAAAGAAAACAGGAUCAAUAUCUUGGCAAAUCAGAAAAAGGGGUGUACCUUGCAGCUAUAAUAUAUGAUAAACAUAUACUCCAAGUUUAUACCCUUGUUGAAUCAAGCAGACACAUAGAUUGGGUGUUGAAGUAUCAUGUUGAUCUCGAGCCAUGUGCAACGGCAGAUUUCCGGAUCGACACAGAUGAGCUCGAGGGAUUUGAAAAAACAUGGACCUUGGAUGGAGGACGACGAGAAUGGAGAUGGGGAGAAGCAGAUGAAGAAGAAGGAGAAGGAGAAAACGGUGGGAUGCUAAUACCAGAGAAUCUAGAAUGGGACUCCGACGAUGAUAAUGUUCUGAAUGUUAAAGCUGAUUAUGGAUGCUUCUAUGGAGGGAACGUCUACUUCCUUGGCUUUCACCCUUACAAGGAGGUUGUUUUCUUGGGGUUAUCAUUUACAGGAAUGGCUUAUCAUUUGGAAAGCUCGAAGGUUCAGUAUCUUGGAGACAUGCGCCCAAAAGAUUACUAUCAUGGACAUGCGAAUGGCAUAUACGAUUCAUUUCCGUACACCCCUUGCAUGAUUGGGAGGCUUCAGAGUCAUGCUUCAAGGAGUCGUCGCCGUCGCAGAAGUUAGAGCAUUUCGGCUGUUUGACUGAACAAUAUAGGAAAUGGCAGCCGAUGUUUGGGUCCUCCGUUUUACCUUUGAUGAUGUUCUCGUUGAAACUGCUCCGGCAGGUCGGUUACGUGUUAACCUGCGUUCUGUAUCAUUUAGAUUAUUCAAGGGUCUAGUUAAGUGCCAAGAAGUCUUAGCCUUUUGCAUUUCUCUGGUUUCUUCAGCUAUUUGAGUAUCAACUUUUGCAGUUGCAUGAAUGAGUAGAC